AUGAUCACCUUGGCCACAAUGCUCUUUUCAGGACCCACUGUGUACCUUCCAAUCGCGUUCCGGGACCGAGCUGCUGAGAUAUACACGUCAGAUUAUGCGCAAGUCAACAGGGACGUGUUACAAAGUUGGAUAGAAAACAAGUCAUCCUUUGACUGGUCAAAUGUUUGCGAUUGGAUCGCCAGUAUAGAAGCUUGUGGCGAGACCCCAUCAAGGAUGCAACAAACUGCGAGGGGAAAAAUGAAAGCUGUUUUAGAGGUGGACGUACAAAAGACACCUGUCAUUCAAGGUGUACAUUGGCAGCGUGAGGGUUCUAAAAUUCCGGAAAAAUUCCAGCUUCAAGGCGGUGUAACAGACGCUACGACGUACAACUUCGGUGGAAAAGUGUUCAAAUGCCAUCGUCUGCAACGGAGUCAUAUCGAGGAAUCACUAGAGGAAAAUGGAAUGUCAAUCACGGCCGAAGAUGGAUACAAGUUCAUUACGCAUGAAGAUAUCUUCCUCUUGGUUUCAAAGAAAAUUAGAUAA